ACAUCCCCCAAGAUGGCAGAGGAGAGCAGCAGUACCAGCGACUGCGUGUCCUUCAGCGUGCUCACCUGGGACCAGGUGAGCCGGCUGCAUGAGGUCCUGACCGAGGUCGUACCCAUCCACGGACGAGGCAACUUCCCCACCUUGGAGAUCACGCUGAAGGACAUCGUGCAGACAGUCCGCGGCCGGCUGGAGGAGGCGGGCAUCAAAGUGCAGGACGUCCGGCUGAACGGCUCUGCGGCCGGCCACGUCUUGGUCAAAGACAACGGGUUGGGUUGCAAAGACCUGGACCUCAUCUUUCACGUGGCUCUGCCCACAGAGGCCGAGUUUCAACUGGUCAGGGAUGUGGUUCUGUGCUCCCUCCUGAACUUCCUGCCGGAGGGCGUGAACAAGCUCAAGAUCAGCCCAGUCACUCUGAAGGAGGCGUACGUCCAGAAGCUGGUGAAGGUGUGCACGGACACUGACCGCUGGAGCCUGAUCUCCCUCUCCAACAAGAACGGGCGGAACGUGGAGCUGAAGUUUGUGGAUUCCAUCCGGCGUCAGUUCGAGUUCAGUGUGGACUCUUUCCAGAUCAUCCUGGACUCCCUGCUCUUCUUCUAUGACUGCUCCAGCCACCCCCUCUCCGAGCACCUGCACCCCACUGUCAUCGGGGAGAGCGUGUACGGGGACUUCGAGGAAGCCUUGGACCACCUGCAGAACAGACUCAUCGCCACCAAGAACCCCGAGGAGAUCCGGGGCGGGGGGCUGCUCAAGUACAGCAACCUCCUGGUGCGGGACUUCAGGCCCACCGACCAGGACGAGAUAAAGACCCUGGAGCGCUACAUGUGUUCCCGGUUCUUCAUCGACUUCCCCGACAUCCUCGAGCAGCAGAGGAAGCUGGAGACCUACCUGCAGAACCACUUUGCCGAGGAAGAGAGGAGCAAGUACGACUACCUCAUGACCCUGCGCAGGGUGGUGAACGAGAGCACCGUGUGCCUCAUGGGCCACGAGCGCAGGCAGACCCUGAACCUCAUCUCCCUGCUGGCCCUGCGCGUGCUGGCCGAGCAGAACAUCAUCCCCAAUGCCACCACCGUCACCUGUUACUACCAGCCCGCACCGUACGUCAGUGACGGCAACUUCAACAAUUACUACGUGGCCCACCCUCCGGUCACCUACAGCCAGCCCUACCCCACCUGGCUGCCCUGUAACUAA